AUGACUGUACAGAGGUGUGACAGUAGUAAGGUGUUUCCUUCAAACAACCAGCAUAACAGCGAUGCUGCCUUCCCACAAAGAGGGGUGUGGUUAGAAAACAUCGACCCUAAAAAUGCUACCCAGCCUUAUCCUACGGAUAUCCGUUUCCGGCA